ACCUUCUAUAAUCCAUAUUAAAACACUCACCCCUGCUUCUUCAUAUCUCAACUGGAAAUCAAUAUCCGUCUUUAGUUUGGUUUCUCCUAUCAGCAUUGCUCAUUUCUCAACGUGCUUAACGAUGGCAUCUUCUCUAGCUUUCAAGAGGCUUCUCUCUACAAACAUUGUCCCCACAUCUUCUCUUCGCUUGAUCCGCCCAACAGCCUCACGACUCUUCAACACCAACGCGGUUCGCCAGUUCGACGACGAUGACGAUGCCAACGAGCGUGGCAUUGACGUUGAUCGCCGUCGCACACUCCCUCGCCGUCGUGAUGAUUUCUUCUCAGGUAACGUUUGGGACCCAAUUUGGCCAGGUAGGAAUCUGAGCCAGGUACUGAACAUGAUGGAUCGGAUGAUGGAAAGUCCCUUUCGUGGCAUUGGAGGUGGAUUAGGACGAGGCUGGGAUGCUCGUGAGACUGAAGAGGCGUUGAAUCUGCGCGUAGAGAUGCCUGGUCUUGACAAGGAGGAUGUGAAGGUCACCGUGGAACAGAACACUCUGAUCAUCAAAGGCGAGGGAGGGAAGGAAUCGGAAGAUGAAGAGAGUGGCAGGAGGUACGCUGGUAGGAUUGAUUUGCCAGAGAAAAUAUACAGAACCGAUCAGAUAAAAGCUGAGAUGAAGAACGGUGUGUUGAAGGUCGUUGUGCCCAAGGUUAAAGAGAAUGAGAGGAAUGAUACGGUUCAAAUUAAGGUUGAGUAGAAGAAAAUGCUAAUGACUCUGUUUUGAUAUUAGCGUAAUGGUACUUUGUACUGGAUGGUUGUAACCAAGUUCUGUUGAAGUUUUAUACAUCUACUGUGUCCAAUCGCCCAGUUUUCUA